AGCACCACCAGAAAUUCUUCACAGUUUUUUUUUCAAAUUUGGUACCAAAAGAAGAUGAUUGGUUUGGAUAAUGACGCGAUAUUUAAAAAGAAAGACAUCCCCGCCGAAAAUGCACCAAAAGCACCUCGUGUUGGGGGAAUGGUGGGGACGUUCGAUCCAAAUUAUCAGGUUAUUUUUUUCUUUGAGGUUGUCCGUGAAGACUCGGAUCCGGUAGUUGAAGACCAUAAAAAUACAACCAAGUUGAACCUAUUUCUGGAAUGUUCGGCACCCCACUAUCAGCCAUAUCAUCGUACACUCGCUGGCCUUAACAACAACGAUAUAUUUAAAGUGAAGAAUGCCGGGCCAAGGCCACCAGAUUUUAAACCACCACCUGGUAAAGCUAUUGCGGGGACAUAUGAUCCUAAUUAUCAGACCCUUGCCGGACUCAACAACGACGAGAUAUUCAAGCAAAAGCAAUGUUUCGAACCAGUUGGUGUUACUCCUCCUGAACCAUUACUAAGAAGCAAAUUCUAA